GUUAACGCUUUCAGUUCACCACCACCAACUCUUGUGUUACAAAAAGAACAGAAAUAAACUUCAUUAAAAAAAGUCCAUAGUGAAUUUUUGAAGUGAAAAUUGAUUUCUUGGUGUGAUUUUAUAAGAUUAAAAAGUUUUGAAAAAUGUAUGGUAUGCUUUUGGAGAGUGUCCAACAUUUCUUGCAAGCUGAAUAUGGCGAAGAUAUGUGGAAAGAAGUUAUCGAAAUGGCCGGUUGUAAAUUCACGGUUUUUAACACCCAUCAAGUUUACCCAGAUGAAAUUAUGUCAUCGAUAGCAAAAGCUUGCGAAAGUGUAACUUGUCAAUCGUACGAUAAUUUUAUGAAUUUUUUUGGGCGAUGUUUCGUUCGUUAUUUUAGCCAUUUUGGUUACGAUGAAACAAUAAAAGCAACCGGAAGAUAUUUCACCGAAUUCUUAGAAAGCGUCGAUAACAUUCACAUUCGAUUCAGAUUAUCUUACCCAAAAAUGAAAAGUCCUUCAAUGUGUGUUACCCACGUCGAUGAAAAAGGUUGCGUUUUAAUUUAUAGGAGCUCUCGACAAGGAUAUAUUCAAUACCUCGUUGGUCAGCUUCAAGAAAUCUCAAGAACCGUUUUUAAUUUAGAUUUAGAGGUCAAAAUAUUGGAUGUGCAAUUAAAUGAGAAGGGGCAUGGUGUUAAUGUUAAAUUCCGAUUGAAUUUUGACAAUAAAUCUUAUAUGGAAUGGAAUCAAAAACGGUUGGCUCGAAUCGAAUCACAAUUUUCCCCAGUAUCAUGUGAUUUACUCUUAAAAUUAUUCCCUUUUGGAAUAAUGAUUGACCCCAAUUUAAACAUUGCAGCAGUGGGGCAAAAAUUAAUUGAUGUUUCCACCGGAAAUAAAUCAAUGUUGGGUAAUCAAGUUUCAAAACAUUUUCGAUUUAGGAGACCAAAAGGAAUUGAUUUUUCGUGGACAAAUGCGCUACAACUUCAAUCUGUAAUGUUUGAAUUAGAAUUUUUAAGAGCGAGUACCGUGGUUAUUGAGGAUACUUUAAAGCCGGCUGAAGAAACGGUUGUUUUAAAAAAAGAUCGCCCAAUUUCACCGUAUCAACUGAGAAAAGAUAGCAAUUUGGGGUUGAAAAACAUCUUGUUACGGGGACAAAUGAGAUAUAUUCAAGAGAUUAAUUUGAUUAUCUUCUUGUGUAGCCCGCUUAUAUGCGAUAUGGAAGAACUUCCCGAACUCGGUUUAUACUUAACCGACUUAAACCCACACGGAAUGAGCCGAGAAAUGGUUAUGGCAGGAUGGCAACACAACUCCAAAUUAGAAUUAAUGUUCGAUAAAGCGGAACAACGCGCUUUAGAACUCGAAGCAAACUACGAACUUUUAGACGAAUGGAAAUGUAAAGGGGACGAACUUUUAUACUCCAUGAUCCCGAAAACCGUCGCCGAUCGUCUUCGACACGGCGCCUCAUCUUUAAGCACUUGCGAAUCCUUCGAUGCCGUCACAAUUAUGUUUUGCGAACUUGUCGGAUUUAGUUCCGAAACGGUUCAAGAUGCGAUGGAUGUCGUUUCAUCGAUGAACGCGGUGUUUUCAUGUUUUGACGCUUUGAUGGAUAAAUUUCAUGUGUAUAAAGUCGAAACGGUUGGGCAAAUUUAUAUGGCGGUCUCUGGGGCUCCAGAAAAAACCAAAGAACACGCUAAGAACGUUUGCGAUUUUUCCUUGAGUUUGAUUAAGAACGUUAAAGAAUUGUUGAUGCCAAGCGGGGGUGGUGUCGAGGUUAAAAUUGGGAUUCAUUCAGGACCAAGCGUUGCCGGAGUUGUUGGUAUAAAAGUACCUAGAUAUUGCUUUUUUGGUGAUACGGUUAAUACAGCUUCAAGAAUGCAAUCUUCGAGUGUUCCUGGGAUGGUUCACAUUUCUCUUGGAACGAAAAUAUUACUCCCAGAGGACGACUACGUGAUUCAAAGUCGAGGGCUAAUCAUGUUAAAGGGAAAAGGAGACGUGGAAACUUUUUUUAUCUUCGAAAAGGAAGAAAAAAAUUAAAUCGUUUUCAAAAUAAUUUUAUAAUUAUUCAUGAAUACAAAAAUAAUAAGAUGUAUUUUGCACCAUUAGAUUUUAUAAGAUAGUACAAACCACACAAACGCAUUUUCCGUCUUUUUUAUCAUCAUCUGGGCUGGCGUUAAUCCCCAAAUGUUGAAUCGAAGUUGUUGAUUCAGUGUAAGGAGGUGGAGAUGAUCUUCUGUUGGAUCUCGAUGAUUUCUCGUCCAUUUUUAACCAAUUUUGUUUAAAAAUUUUAAAUUAAUUAACAAUUUAAAACUUAUUUUCUUGUAAACGUGACGAAAUGAACUGAUUUCGAGAUUUUAUUUUAGUUUUUAUUCUGUGUGGGUAUCUUAUCUUAACGUUUUUGGCGUUUUUAUCGUUGAUUAUUUAGAUAUUUGUAACGAAUUUAGAUAAUUUAAGAUGACUAAGAUGAAUAAAAAGUAAACAAGAUGA